CCUAUGAGCAAGAUGACAAAGCAUAAAAAUAGCUUUACUACACUAACAUGAAUAGGCCGGCAAAAUAAAUCUCAAAAAUCCCAUCUUGUUCUUCUAUAAAUACCCACCAUUUCCCCCCAACCCCCAAUCUCAUCAUCUCAUCACCUUUUGUUUUAGAUAUCUACUCUUUAAGCUUCAACAUUUCCGCUAAUGCUUGGUUAGCAUUGUCCCUUUUUACUGAUUAAGUUUUUGGAGUGGACCCUUUUUCAAAAAGAGAAAUCUUUAUAAAUAUAUAUACACUUGUAUACUCUGUUUUAGCUUCCUGUUUUUACCAUUUAUAAGCUUCUGGUUGGUCUAAUGGGGGAGGUAUUGGGCUUGAUUUGGGUGAUUCUGAUAGGGGUUUAUGGCGGUUUCGCGGCGCUGAAAUGGCUGCUGAAGGCUGUGAAUGGGUGGAGAUUUGAAUCUGUAUUGGGUGAUAAGAAGUUUGAUCUGCCACCAGGUGAUCUGGGCUGGCCUUUCAUUGGCAACAUGUUUUCAUUUCUCAAAGCUUUCAAGUCCGGCGAUCCUGAUUCUUUCAUGUCCAGUUUCGCCACCAGAUUUGGUUAUGUGGGACUUUACAAGACAGUGAUGUUUGGGAAUCCAAGUAUUAUUGUAACGACACCAGAAGCAUGCAGGAGAGUUUUAACUGAUGAUGAGACCUUCAAGCCUGGUUGGCCUGCAUCUGCAAUGAAACUCAUGGGAAGGAAAUCAUUCAUCGGAAUAUCCGAAGAGGAACACAAAAGAUUGAGGAAAUUGACGGCUGCACCGGUUAAUGGACACGAGGCAUUGUCCAUUUACUUGAAAUUUAUUGAGGAUAAUGUGAUCUCAGCCUUGGAGAAAUGGUCUAAUAUGGGAGAGAUUGAGUUUUUGACUCAAAUCAGGAAACUUACCUUCAAGAUAAUUAUGCACAUUUUCUUGAGUUCAGAAAGUGAAGAAGUUAGUGAUGCCUUAGAAAGGGAGUACACUGAAAUCAAUUAUGGUGUUAGAUCAAUGGCUAUUAACCUUCCCGGAUUCGCUUUCUACAGAGCUCUCAAGGCUCGAAAAAGGCUCGCUGCGAUCCUGGACAGAGCUGUCAGUUCGCGAAGGGCACGAAGAAAGGAAAAUCCAACUGCAGAAAAAGAAGAUAUGUUGGAUUUAUUGCUAAAUGUUGAAGAUGAGAAAGGUAGGAGAUUGGAUAAUGAGGAAAUUGUGGAUAUAUUAGUAAUGUACCUUAAUGCUGGUCAUGAAUCAUCUGGUCAUACCGCUAUGUGGGCAACCUUAUUCUUACAGAAGAAUCCUGAAAUCAUGCAGAAAGCUAAGGCUGAGCAAGAGGAAAUUGUGAGGAACAGACCACCAGGUCAACAAGGAUUGACGUACAAUGAAUAUCGAAAAAUGGACUAUCUAUCCAAGGUGAUUGAUGAAACACUUCGCGUGGUUACAUUCUCGUUGAUGGUAUUCCGAGAGGCAAAGAAAGAUGUGAAUAUCAGUGGAUAUACCAUUCCUAAAGGAUGGAAAGUUUUGGUCUGGUUUAGAGGUGUCCAUUUUGAUCCUGAAGUGUACCCCGAGCCUAAGAAAUUUGAUCCUCAAAGAUGGGAUGGACUUGUAGCGAAAGCCGGAACCUUUAUUCCCUUUGGAGCAGGAACAAGAUUCUGCCCCGGAAACGAACUGGCCAAGCUUGAAAUUGCUAUUUUCCUUCACUAUUUCCUGCUCAAUUACAAGUAAGCAAAGCAUUUUUUUGGUUUCAUUCUCAUAUCAUUCUUCUCCAUGAUGGCUUAGACGCUGAUUUUUGGAUCCCUAAACCCGAACGUAUACAUUGGCUUCUUCUAUUCUUGGUACUUGUGCAGGCUUGAACGGGUGAAUCCAUCGUGCCCAAUAAUGCACUUACCUCAUCCAAGGCCCAAAGACAACUGCUUGGGAAGAAUUAGAAGGAUCUCUGCUUAAUUGGAUCACAGAAGACAGGAAUUAAAGCUAUGAUCCUGAAAAUACAUAUAUUUUUGGCAUUUUGCAGAAGUAGCUUGACUCCGUAGCUGGUUUGUGUUUUUUUUUUUUUCUUUUACCAAACAAAAUUACACUAGAAACUCUUUGGGUGGCUACUGCGAUUGGAAAAUUUGGAAUGUUGUGU